CACCGGUGACACCAAACCUCCUUUCCCACCCCUCCCGCGCUCCGGGUGAGACGACGGUGGCGGGCGUCGCCGCAACCGCUCCGAAUGCCGCCGGACCCCGCCGCGCUCUCGUCCUUCAACGCGCUCGUCGCCUCGCUCGCGCGCUCAGGCCGCCCCGCGGACGCGCUGCGCGCCUUCCGCGACAUGCUCGCGCGGGGUGUCCGGCCCGACCACUUCACCCUGCCGCCCGUCCUCCGCUCCUGCGCGCUCAACGGCUCGUCGGUCCUCGCCGCCUCCGCCCACGCGCUGGCACUCAAGAUCGGGGCCCAGGGGAACCUCUUCGUGGCGUCUGCGCUGGUGCUCUGCUACUCUGGACUGUCCAACCUCCCCGACGCCCGCAGGCUGUUCGACGGAAUGCGCGCGAGAGAUGCCGUCCUGUGGACCUCCAUGCUGUCCGCGUACGCUCAGGGCGGACAUCCGGAGAGGGCGCUGCGAUUUUUCCAGGGGAUGGUGGUGGCUGGGGUGCAGCUGGACGCGGUGGUCAUGGUUAGCCUUCUUCUCGCGUGUGGGCAGAUUGGGUGGCGCCGCCACGGGAGGAGUGUGCACGCAUGUUGCAUUCGGAGGCUCCCAGGGCUGCCUCUGUCACUUGGAAACGCUCUUGUGGACAUGUACGUUAAGUGCGGCGAUUUUGCACUCGCUGAGAGGGUGUUCGCAGGGAUGGCCAGGCGGGAUGUCAUCUCCUGGAGUGCGCUUAUUCUUGGCCAUGGUCUGAAUGGGCGUUCUGAUGUUGCAUUGAGGCUUUUUGAUGAAAUGGCAGCUGAGGGAGUUAAACCAAACUCUGUCACCUUUCUUGGGGCACUGUCAGCUUGUGCGCAUUCUGGCAUGGUUAACAAAGCUUAUGCAAUCUUCGAGGAGAUGAAAUGGCAUGGCGUGGAGCCUGAACUGAAGCAUUACUCUUGCAUGGCUGAUGCGCUAGGCAGGGAUGGCCGUGUUCUUGCUGCAGUGAAGCUCAUAGAGGAAAUGCCCUUCCAGCCUGAUGAGGCCAUGCUUGGAGGUGUAUUAGCAGCAUGCCGAGUGCAUGGGGAAAUGGAAGCUGCUGAACGGAUUUCCAACAAACUGAUGGGCAUGUCACCUUCAAAGAGUGGCUACUUCAUGAGCUUGGCAAACAUAUAUUCGGAUGCUGGGAGGUAUAGUGAUGCCGAGAGAAUAAGGGGCUUCAUGAAGGAAGUAAAAGUUGACAAGCUUCCUGGAUGUAGUUCUGUUGAAUUUGAUGUUUCUGUUUCUGAACCAAGAUCUGGAUGAUCAGUUCAUAUAAGGGAAGCGAUUUGGGAUUACCUAGCAGUUAAGCCUGUCUGGUAGCAUACGCUCUGUGCAGUAUAUGAUUUGGUACGUAUAGGUGCUUAGUAAAUGGAAGAGCAAAUGGGACACAUGUGCAACUCAAAUGACAAGCCUUUGAGCCUAUUACAUUCCAUACGUUUGAGCUACUGUGUUAGUGGUGCCAUGAAAUAAAGUCUUUUCAAGCUGAAAGGACAAGAGGAUGAUGAAAAAUGAAAAUGAUGAACAUGUAUAAGAAACAUGCAGUUUUCCUGGAUGUCACUAAGGAGAGAAAUUGUCAACCAUAUGUGGCUCUUGUUUGUUAAGUUGCUAGUGGGAGGCUGGGAGCGAAUGUAGCUUCUGAUACUGACACAAGAUGGUCUCAAAUUUAAGUUGAGCUCUCACACAGUCUCAUGUACUCACUGGGAAUGAAGAAAAUGAUAGGGCUUGUUCAUUGUUUCAAUUUUCUGUCCAUGAUGGUCUGAUGCAAGGAAACUGGAGAUAGGAAAUAUUAGUCUUAACUAUUUCAGUGGCUUCUAUGGCUAAUGGUCACUACUGGAGAAGUGAAGAUUGUGAUAGGUUAAACGCUGCUGCUGUUCAAAGAAUCAGGUGAUUCUUAAAUACUACAAUCCCUUGAGACGACAGCCUUUAGCUGCUCAAAAUUUGCAGUCCUUGAACUGUGAAGAAUGAUGAGUACUUGUUUGUGCAAAUGGCUCUGCAUGCAGUGGUUAGGUAUCUGUAUGACAAGUCAAUAGCUAACAGGUAUGUAUUGAACUCGACUUGCAAGCAUUUCAUUCAUUUCUUUAUGCCAGUGCUCUGUGCAUUGACAUAAAUCAAGUGCACUUGUUGUCCGCAUCGUGUGGUAUAUAGCUUGGUUGCAAUAGUGGAAUGCUAGUUAUAUGA